AUGAAGAAGGUAAAAAAGAAAAAGGCUGAGUCCAGGCGCCGGAGGGAUUCUAUCUCACGGCAGGCUAGCUCCGACUCUUCACAGCAGCCCAGCUCAGAAACACCGCUGUCAUGUCCAGAGCCGAUCCCGCCACCACUGCAGCCACAGCCUUGCCAGUUCAGCCUGCCUCCGCAAGUUAACCCCGAGCCUACCUCACAACAGCCGACACAGGUUUUCCCAGCUUCAGAAAUCCAUGCUCCAUCUCCGUUUUUGCUAUCUUCAAUGGCUGAAUCCAAAGACACUCCUCCAUGCAGGAAAGAAGUGCCUCUGACCUAUGUGGCUCCACCCUCCUGCUCCUGUUCAGCCUGCCCUGGCAGCUCUACUUGCUGGCGACGUUUGGGGCUGUGCCACAGCCGCAUCUUCGAUGUCCUUCUGCCUCGAGACUGCCCAGCUAUGCCAGGGAGAGACUCUUCAAACCUUCUCACCUUCUACAGAAAACCUUCAAGGAAAUACUACACUCCCCGUAACCUACGUUCUUCAAGCUCUCGGAACUAUUGCUGUGGUUCUGGGGGCCCUGGGAGCUGCCUACUUCAUCACUGA